UGCGCAAAGCGGAGGAAAUACUACGCUGCCAGCUCAGCUGAUGAUGGCAGACUCUGCAAGUAUCGAAGAAGUAGCUGUGAUCGGUAACACCGACAUCACCUCAACAGAAUCCGAGAACAACCUCAUAAACACGAUGGUGGAAAGAGGGACAACUCUGUUGAAAAAAAUGGAGAUAAAUGUGGCGGAGGCAGAGAAGAGAACAGGGAAGAACACGGUUAACAUGCAGGAAACCUACACAGUCUACCUCAUAGAAACACGGCCAGCCGAAACAGUUCUAGAGGGGGUUUCUCCCGCCACACCUGACACUUUGUGGAGACGCUACAGUGAGUUUGAGUUGCUCAGAACAUACCUCCUGGUCACCUACCCCUACAUCAUCAUCCCUCCACUACCAGAGAAAAGGGCAGAGUUCCAGUGGCACAAACUGUCAGCCGACAACCUCGACCCAGACUUUGUUGAGCGACGGAGAGUCGGUCUGGAAAACUUCCUGCUUCGUGUUGCCUCACAUCCUGUCCUUUCCAAUGACAAAAUCUUCUUCCUCUUUCUGACAGAGGAGAAAGGAUGGAGGGAGGCGGUUUUGGAGACAGGUUUCCAGGACAAGGUUGAUUCCAGACUAAAGUCUGUGAGUGCCAUGUUCAGAGUCAAGAACCCUGACAAGCGAUUCACAGCGCUGAAACAAUACAGUGAUGAUCUGAACACUGUCAUCUCUCAGUUACUGAGGGUGCGAGCGAAAGUAGCAGACAGGCUGUAUGGAGUCUUCAAGGUCCAUGGUAACUACGGCAGAGUCUUCAGUGAGUGGAGUGCUAUUGAAAAAGAGAUGGGAGAUGGACUACAGAGUGCGGGCCACCACAUGGACACGUAUGCUGCAUCAAUAGAUGACAUUCUGGAGGAAGAAGAGCACUAUGCAGACCAACUGAAAGAAUACCUUUUCUACGCUGAUGCUGUCCGGUCAGUUUGUAAGAAACAUGAGCUGAUCCAGUAUGAACUGGAGAUGGUAGCUCAGGACCUGGUCAAUAAGAAACAACAGAAAGAAGAGCUGGCUACUGGGACAGUACGUGUCUUUUCUCUGAAGGGGAUGACCAGUAAACUCUUCGGCCAAGAGACCCAGGAGCAGAAGGAGAGCAGGUUGGCUGCCCUGGAGCAGAGUAUCCGUGAGGGAGAGGAAACGCUCAAGGAAAAGAACACAGAGUGCCAAGAGUUUGUGCAAACAGCCUGGGAAGACAUUGAACGUUUUAGGGAACAGAAGGACAGAGAUCUGCGAGAAGCGCUAAUUAGCUAUGCCAUUAUGCAGAUCAGCAUGUGUAAGAAGGGAAUCCAGGUGUGGUCCAACGCCAAGGAGUGUUUCAACAAAAUGUGAGCCACUUCCCAGCCAAUCACUCACUUGCACCGAAAAAAUAGCAAUUCAGAUUGUACAAUGGGGGAUCAUCAGCCAAUCGUUAAACUGCAGCCUUAUGAAGAUCGACCAUGGGAUCCAAAAAUACUGUCCUCACUGUGUUUGCUACUUUGAAUGAUUCUGCCUAUCUCUCUCUCACACACACACAUGCCACAUUUAUUUAGAAAAAGUGUCAGAGUUAUUCAGUGGAUCCAUGCCUUUUAAAUCCAAGUGUCUUUAACAGUACCAGUCAUAUGGCAUUUUGCUGAUGUUACUGUCAUACUAGCAGAUGACCCAAAUUUUCAAUACUUUUUAUUCCUUCGUUGCACAGCUGACAGCGUGUCAUAGAGAAAAAAUCCUGCACUUACAAUGCAUGAUAGUUGCACAUUGGUAAUGGCUGUGCAGUGUAUUACAGUUACACUUCACUUCCCAAAUGUAGCAGAACUGUGCAAUGAAAUAAAAGGACAGACCUUGGGGAAUCAGUCUGAGAACUGUUGCCAGGAAUUAUUUCCAGAAGAAUACUACUACCACUACUUCUUAGCCUCAAAUAUGAGACAUAAAAAUGUCAGGUGGAGAUUUAUCAGAAACAAGAAAUUAUAUGGUAAGGCAAGGGAACAUGGACCACUUCCUUUUCUUCUUUUUCCUAAAAUAUGUCUACUACACUUCAUGCUGAAGUCAGUCUUUUUGCUGUUAUUAAUCGAUAGCUGACCAAAGUGCUAAUGACCAAGUACUAGUUUGUAUAGUACAGAUCACAGGUGGGGAGUACAGGAGAGGUGUCGACAUGCUUAGGGUAAUUUGGGUAAUUGAUAGAGAAUCUUUUUUUGUUUUAUGCCAAAAGCAAAUAGCCAUGAGUAAGAUAAAGUCACAAAGGCUUCACAGCUUUUUGGUUACAGCAGAGCCUUUUUUUUUUUCUUUCUUGUACUCCUUAAUUGAGACUUCCAGAUUUUUUCUUGAGGAUUUGAACAUUGCACCAUCACAACCUACCUGAUCUACCAAGUGCAACCAUAAGUGUUGCAACACACUUAUAGAUCAGUAGUUGAGCUUUUUCUUUGCUUUCAAACUUGAUCGCCUUAAUAUGAACAUUGGUCUGGUAAAACAGAGGAGGGACAGUAAAGUAGUUUGACCCUUUCUGCUCACUGUCAAUCUGCCUUACCUCUUUUUCUGAUAAGUUAUUGCACUAAGUUCCAAGCAUGCCUCAGGUCAAUGGUUAUUAAAAUAUUCUGACCAAAUAGUGGAAAACUUUAACUACAGAUAUGUCGGACCUUCAAAUUCUAGCUCAAUACAUUUGAUAUACAAACACAAUACAUGUUUAUACUUUUGCUUUCUUAAUAUGAUUUCCACCAGAGGAGGAAAGAUUGGUGCAAAAUGUACAUGUAAUAGUUGUGCAGAGAUAUUUUCCUUCAGCUAACCCUGCCGUUUCAGAAUAAACAAUCAGUUUACUGAAAUAAUAAUUAAAGCUUUAUGUAUGUUUUUAUAAUAAACAUGUUCAAUGAGAGAUUGUUUUUAUGUACAUGUAAUCACUGUGCUAAGACACUAAUAAAAAUAUUUCUCUUUUUUAACUAUUUUUAUUGCAUUUUUAUAACAAAUACUGUACAAAUGAGUGAAAGGUGUAAAGCUAGGACGACAUGUGACUCUGCUGGUUUCACACUAUGUUGACGGAUUACUGAGGAAUGAUCCUUGUUGAAUUUUCAUGUAGGGAAAUGAAGCUGUAUUUUAAUAAACACAUUCUG